AUGGUCUUUCGUUCGGGACCUGUUGCUCCUGGCAUCGCAUUUGUUACCGGCGGUGCACGCGGGUUAGGGAACGCCAUUGGUGUAUCAUUUGCAAAGGAAGGUGCUAGGGGCGUGUGCCUGGUUGACAUUCAGGAUGAAGCAACGUUCGAGGAGGGCAAGAAAGCAGUUGAGAAGUACGGUGCCAAGGUGCUAUGCGUCCGCGCCGACGUGACCAGGGAGGAAGACGUAGAGCGAGCAGUCAACGAAGCGGUCAAAGAAUUCGGACGCAUCGACUAUGCAGCGAACUUUGCAGGUAUUAUCGGGCCCCUGGGUGAGACGUGGGACACCGACACGGAUCAAUGGAGACGGGUUAUCGAAGUUAACACAGUCGGAGUGUGGCUUUGCAACAAGUACGAGCUGAAGCAGAUGAUGAAGCAGGAUUCGAUCGAACGAGGCUCGAUCGUCAACUGCGCAUCCGUCAACUCUAUCCAGGCCGGUGCUGGUACCACGGGAUACACCGCGUCGAAACAUGCCGUGGCCGGCCUCACAAAAGCAGCCGCCCUUGAAGCCCGUCGCCACGAUAUCCGCAUCAACGCCGUCUCGCCCGGCUUCCUUCUGACCAAGCUCCUCGACCCCUUCAUGAAGCAGGGAAACGGCGAGCUCGCGGCCAAGGCGUGGGAGGAGUACGAAGCCAGACAAGGCCGCAAGGCCACCUUCGACGAGAUCGGCGACGUCGUCGUGCUCCUGAGCACCCCGCGCAUGAGUCUGGUGGUGGGCCAUAACCUUGUCAUCGAUGGGUAUGUUACCAGUGGUGCUUGA